AUGACCGAAAAGCACUCCCCUGCGACAAAGGCGCAUGAUGGCCCCUCUCCCGACUCCUCACGAGAGGAUAUCGAAGAUCAGCACGACGCUUCACUAGACAGCGACGUGGAGUGCGGCCAAACGUCACGGACUAGAAGCAGACGACGGGCCAGAAGUGUGACUGACGAUCUCAGACGAGCCACCAGCAAUGUCCUCUCACGUUGCGCUUCUCGCAUCACGACGCGCGAUUUGCCCGAGGCCCCCCCGCCGCCAGACGGUGGCUUACAUGCAUGGCUACAAGUAGCCAUGGGCUGGCUCGUCAUCUUCACCACUUGGGGCUACGUCAACUCGUUCGGCGCCUUCCAGACGUACUACACCUCCACACUGCCGGUGCCGGCCUCGACGGUCUCGUGGAUCGGCUCCAUCCAGGUCUUCCUGACUCUCGGCAUCGGGGUGUUCUCGGGCCGGCUGCUGGACGCCGGGCUCUUCCUGCCGACCUUCAUGGUCGGCGCCACCAUCCAGGUGCUGGGAAUGUUCCUGAUGAGUAUCGCGACCGAGUACUGGCACCUCAUGCUCACUCAGGGCGUGCUCACGGGCAUCGGCGGCGGCAUCUUCUUCACGCCCUCGCUGGCGCUGGUGUCGACGUAUUUUGACAAGCGGCGUGGUCUGGCCAUCGGGCUCGCGACCACCGGCAAUUCUGCCGGGGGUAUGAUCUACCCGUUCGUGGUGCGGCAGCUCAUACCCGCUAUUGGGUUCGCCUGGACCGCGAGGGUCCUUGCCUUUAUCAACCUUUCCUGCCUCGCCGUGGUGCUGAUAUUCAUGCGCCCGCGGCUGCCGCCAAGGAAAGCCGGCCCGGCCGUCGACUGCUCGGCUUUCAAGGAGCCUGUCUAUGCUGGCUUCGUGGCGGGACUAUUUUUCCUCAUGUGGGCCAACUACUACACAUUUUACUAUAUCGCCUCAUUCGGCACAGAAAUCCUAAACCUCCCCUACUCCACCGCCUCCAUCCUCGUCAUCAUCCUCAACGGUGCAGGCCUGCCCUUCCGCGUGCUCCCGCCCCUCGUCGCCGACCGCGUCGGCCCCAUCAACGUGCUGCUCCCCGUCGCGCUGAUCUGGGUUGUCGUGGCGUGGUGCUGGCUCGCCGUGCGCAGCGUCCCGGGCUACUACGUCUUCACCGUCUUCUACGGCAUUGUGUCGGGCGGCUUCCAGUGCUUGAUCCCCACCACGGUGGCCAGCAUCACGAUGCACCUCGACACUGUCGGCACGCGGCUCGGCAUGGCCUUUGGCAUCGUCUCGUUCGCGGCGCUGACGGGGCCGCCGCUGGGGGGCGCUAUACAGGCGGACAGUGGGGGCAGCUUCACGGGCUCGCAGGUGUGGGCUUCGGUUGCCACGACGGUGGCUUUUGGGCUGUUUGUCGCUGUACGGCUGUAUAGGGGUGGUCUGGAUAUCAAGGCUAUAUGUUGA